AUGCUCUUGUUUGAACACCGGCUGGCUGAAAGAGGAUGCUUGCUGCUCUGGCUGCUCCCCUCUGUUCUCAGAGCCCAGUCUAGUGGGGAGGCGAGGCCCAGGCCCACGUUGUGCCAGCAGAGCCCCACAAAGGUGUCCUGCAAAGAAGCUGGCCUGCGCAAGUUUCCAAAGGAACUUGGCCAAGGAAUUAAGUACCUCGAGCUCUCCAACAACUUCAUCCAAAACCUGUCGGGCAGCCACAUGCCAGUGUUUAGGCAGCUUGAGUACCUAGACUUGUGCUUCAACCAGCUGGAAGCCGUGUCAGACACGACCCUAGCUCAGCUGCCCCAGCUGCGCUCUCUUCUCCUGGGAUCGAACCACCUGGACCGCAAUUACCAAGCUAAUGGGCGAGCCUUUCAUCUGCUCAGGAACAUAGAGGUCCUAGACCUGUCAGCAAAUAACCUGGAGAGCCACAUGGCAAGCUGGUACGUCAGCAACCUCACAAGGCUGAGGAUGCUGGAUCUCUCUGGGAACAAGAUGACCAGGCUGCUGGCAGGGAUCUUCUGGAGCACGCCACGGCUGCGCGAGCUUGACCUCAGCAACAACUACAUCAUGGAAAUCGAGGAGGGAGCUUUUGAGGCUCUGAAAGAGCUGGAGGUGGUGAACUUGGCUUUGAAUUCCCUCCACUGCAUCUCUGGCUUCAGCCUCACGCAGCUGCGAGUUUUAAAUCUCAGCCACAAUGCCCUGGAGCUCUUCAUGUCAGAGGAGGGAGCGGAGUCCUGCCUGCUUCAAGUGCUCGACUUGAGCCAUAACAGACUCCUCUACUUUCCAGAGCUCCCCAGAGCCUAUUAUCUCACACACUUAAACCUCUCCAACAACCUUAUUGCUUCGCUGCUCCCAGGCUCACACCAUCCAGAGGAGUUCGUACUGCACUACAAGGAGAUGGCGAGGUUUAACAGGACCUGGCAUCCCCUGGCUGGUGUGAGACACAUAGAUCUCAGCAGUAACCAGCUGCAGCUAUUCCCAUUUACCUUCUUCCAUAGCCUGGGCUCCCUGCAAAGCCUCAGCCUGGCUAUGAACUGUCUCCAGGACGUAGCCAGGGAGUCACUUGCCAGCGGCAUGGAGGCCAGCAACCACUCGCCCAUGCUGCCAGAGCGUGCCACUCUCUCCAUGCGUUCGCUGGACCUCCACGGCAAUGCCAUCCGUGUGCUGCCACGCUGGUUUUUCAAUUCUCUACCUCAGCUGGAAACGAUCAAUCUGGGCUCCAACAGCCUCCAGCCAUGUGGGAGCCGGGGAGCAGAUCAGGGAGGGAAUUUGGGAGGGGGCUCUCACGUGCCAGCCCAGGGAGGCACCUGCACCCCCUUCUACAACAUGCCUCGCUUGAGGCAUCUGAGCCUUUACAAGAACAACAUUACCAGGCUGGACCCCUACACCUUCAACCAGACCUCACUGCUCUCCCUAGACCUGUCAGGGAACAAGGAGUUGUUCAUGCCUAAGGAAGCCCUGGCGGGGUUGGAGUUCUCCCUGCAGGAACUCUCUCUGAGGGACAAUCAGAUGGAUGACAGCAAGGCAGAGCUCCCCUGCCUGGACACGCUCAGAGUCUUGGACCUCUCAGGCAAUAAUUUGAGCCUUUUACCCGCAGGCCUUUCCUGCUCCCCACUGGAAAGCCUGGACGUUCGCAAUAACAACCUGCCGACGUUGGAAAAGCCGUCACUGACGAGCUGGUCCCACAGCCUGAAGGAUGUGUUUGUCGCUGGAAACCCCUUCAGCUGUUGCUCGCUGGCCUGGCUAGACACUCUGUGGGUGGCCGGGGUGGGUGUGCGGGACCUGGAUGAAGCCCUCUGCACCUACCGGGACGAGAGCAGGAACUUCUCAGCCAAAAUAACCAGCAGUCCUUGGUGGCUUUGUCCACGUCCCAAGGGCGCCGGCUCGCUGGCUCUGCUCGUGGUCAUGAUGAGCCUUUUGUUUCUCAUCUCUGGUGCUUGCUGCCUUCUGAAGAAAGGGCAGAAGUCACUGGGGUGUGCAGGACUCCAGAGUAACAGGGUGGGGGUCUUCCCCCACCAUCCCAAAACAGAGGAGCCAGCUGAGACAAAGCCAGCAAACAGCGUCACCAAAGUGUAG